CGGCGCGUCGCGGCGAUGGCGGCGGCGCAGGCGGCGGCGGGCGGGGAGCGUUCGGUCCCGGCCGGUCCCGCGAUGGGCGCUGUGGGGGCCGUGGGCCCUGCCGGGAACCACCCCGAGGCCGCGGAAGAGGAGCUGUCGCCGCCGCCGCUGCCGGGGCUGCAGCUGGUGCAGCAGGGCGCCGAGGCGCACGUGUACCGCGGGCUGUUCCUGGGCCGCAAGGCCGUGGCGAAGCUCCGCGUCCCGAAGCGGUACCGGCACCCGGCGCUGGAGGAGCGGCUCAGCCGGCGCCGCACGACCCAAGAGGCGCGGUCGCUGCUGCGGUGCCGGCGGGCAGGGAUUCCAGCUCCAGCUGUCUACUUUGUGGAUUAUGUCACCAACUCCAUAUAUCUUGAAGAUAUUGUAGACUCAGUUACAGUUCAAGAUCAUAUUUACUCUGUACAGCGGAGUGGAAAUGAUACCAGCAGCCUCCAGGACUUAGCAGAGAAGAUGGGUGAGCUGUUAGCAAGGAUGCACGAUGAAGAUAUUAUCCAUGGGGAUCUCACAACUGCCAAUCUCCUUCUGCGGCCACCCGUGGAGAAGCUGGACUUGGUGUUGAUAGACUUUGGACUCAGUUUUAUUUCAGGUCUUCCAGAGGAUAAAGGAGUUGAUUUGUAUGUUCUGGAAAAAGCCUUCAUUAGCACUCAUCCAGAUACUGAAGUGAUGUUUAAAGCUCUGCUGAAGAGCUAUGCUGCCACAUCUAAAAAAUCUGGUCCUGUGAUCAAAAAGCUGGAUGAGGUGCGACUGAGGGGAAGGAAGAGAUCCAUGAUUGGGUAGAAGAGGGCAGGCUUAGGAAUGGGGAAAUAUUACCUUCUGCAGAUAGGGCUAUUUAUAUUUCUAGUUGGGUUUAUUUCACAUAUCACUAUUUUGAUAACUGUGUCUUCAAAUAAAUAAAUUUGAACGAG